UUGAGUACAUGUCGAACACGUAUGAACUCGACUUUGAAUCGAACAUCUGAUUUCUGUGACGCGCUGUUGCUUGGCAAAGUUAAGCAAGGUCUUCGAGGUAUCUCGUGUUAAAAUAGCAUUCGCCAAAGGACCAAUUAUUCACAAUAUAAUAAUAGGUCGAAAUGGCUGCCCGUUCGGUUCUGAGAUAUUUGAAACCAAAGCCCGUGAUACUCCAGAGUCACCGAUAUGCCUCUCUGUCCGGGUUCGAUAUUCAGCACAAGACUCCCACCGUCAAGAAGGUGAUGGCCAUACCAAAGGCCCAGUACGGUGGUAGGCACACCGUCACCAUGCUUCCUGGAGCUGGUAUCGGACCAGAGUUAAUGAAUUAUGUCAAGGAGGUGUUUAAAUACGCUGGAGUGCCGGUGGACUUCGAGGACGUCGACAUCGACCCGAAAGCGGACGACAACGUCGACCUGGAUUUCGCGAUCACAUCGAUACGCCGAAACGGAGUGGCGUUGAAGGGUAACAUCGAGACCCACAGCACGGAAGCCAGCGUGAUCUCGCGGAACGUCGCUCUGCGAAACGAGCUGGACCUUUAUGUGAACGUUCUCCACUGCGUGUCCUACCCAGGCGUGAAUUCCCGCCAGAAGAACAUCGACAUAGUGAUCGUCCGGCAGAACACCGAGGGCGAGUACUCCAUGCUGGAGCAUGAGAGCGUCUACGGCGUGAUCGAGAGCAUGAAGGUCAUCACGAGGUCGAACUCGGAGCGAGUUGCGCGUUACGCGUUCGAGUACGCGAAGAGGAACGGCCGGAAGAAGGUCACCACCGUCCACAAGGCGAACAUCAUGAAGCUAUCGGACGGCCUUUUCCUGGAGAUCUCGCGCCGAGUCGCCAAAGACUACCCGGACAUCAUCCACAACGACAUGAUCAUCGACAACUGUUGCAUGCAACUGGUCUCAAAUCCCCAUCAGUUCGACGUGGUGCUGACCACCAAUCUCUACGGCGCCAUCGUCUCCAACGUGGUCUGCGGGCUGCUGGGCGGUGCUGGUCUUCUGUCAGGGAAGAAUUACGGCGACCAUUACACCAUCUUCGAGCCGGGGACCCGCAACACCGGCACCAGCAUCGCCGGCAAGAACAUCGCGAAUCCCAUCGCGAUGCUGAACGCUGCGGUGGAUAUGCUGCGUCACCUGGGUAACAAGCAUCACGCCAGCAUCAUACAAAACGCGAUCAACAAGACUAUCAAUCAAGGAAUUCAUACUCGUGACCUCGGCGGCACCGCCACCAGCAGGGAAGUUGUCGACAAUAUACUGAAGCACAUCAAAAUCGCGACCGCUUAAGACUGAAUUUUUAUUCUAAAUAGAAACCUCUCGUAGCGACUCUCUGUCCACGGAAAAGUGACGAGUUCAAUAUGUUAUACUAAAAGUAUUAAAUCAUUUCUCUUUCUCCUUUUUAGUGAAAUAAUGAUAGCCAGGUAGAGCAAACUGACGUCAUUUUGAUGUUUAAUGACGUCAUUUAAUUUCUCUUUCUCCUUUUAAUGAAAUAAUAAUUUCCCAGGUAGCCAACUCACGUGAUGUCGACAUCGAUGACGUCAAUUUGCUACUUGGGAUGCUAAGAUAGUUGCGAUAAUUAUACGAUUAAAACCUGCAAAAUAUCUCGCACAAAAUCAUUACGAAUACUUUUUGAAGUUUUAACUUGCUAUAAAUUACAAUGUGCUCUGUAAUAUAGCAAUAAUAAUAAUUAUGUAAUA